AUGUACAUCUCGUACAAACGUUACGUUUGGUCGAUCGAUCUGGACGGUAAGACGUACAACGGAUUUUUAGCCCUCUCGAAUCACAUGAGCUUUCUUCACGACAAUUACACGCGCGUGACCGCUGCCUAUCAAUCCCCGUCCGGCGAUCUCAUGGUGUUCUCUGCGGCCAGGUUGGCCGAAAAUCCUGCAAGAACUCGGAUUUCCCGAAAACGCGCUGAUCAACGGAGCGGUGAACACCACAGAGGACGUUCCUACGUGGUGUUCAACGGUAACGCGGUGGGCAAGAUAGACAAAUGCGACAAGGACAAGAGAGUCGCCAAAUUUACGCCCCUCGAGGCGACGUUUCCCGGAAUACCGAAAGGCGUGACGUCGAUAUUCCGCUACAUCGACGGCAAUCUAUACUUCACCACUCGGGCGCAGUUCUACAAAUUCAACAAAUUUACGAGGACCGUCUCGUCGGCCGGUAAAUUCGAUCUGCGGAUACUGAAUAUCGUCUGCCCUAAGGCCGUCCUGCUGCAGCAGUUGCACGAUCUCCUCGAUCAAAUCGUACGCCUCAACGAUAACUCGCUAACGUCGGCGAGCGAUUAUUGGAACGAUGACGACACCGGGGUUCGGCUCUCCGAUUUCCGCAUCCGCCGAAGGAAGUAG